GUUUAAAGAUUCUGACCUGCAUAAUUUAGUAUCUUUCCCAUUAAUUAAGCCAAAAUCCUUUAGUAUCUGUUCUCCACUGGAUGGCAGUCCGAUCGCCCAGACCGCAUGAUUUCACAUUCCCUCUGUAUGUGAAAGCAAAACACAAAGACACAAAGACACAAAGACAAAAAGGAAGAGGACUCACCCCACAAAAACAUGCCAAGAUUGCACAAUCUCUCCCUCCAUUAUCUCGCUCCCUCGUGUACGGUGAUUUAGACUCAACACAUCCAUCACGGUUUACAUUCUUCAGAUGUUUUGCACUUUGUACCUCUGUAUAACCUAAAGAUAAGCCCGUCUGAGGGAUAUUCUGGAUUGUGCAAAGAUGGCUGUGUUUCUGUUCCUCGUCCUGGUCAGUGCUGGAGUCUUUCUGGACACAACGGAGGCACAGGAGGAUCUAAGCAAGCUUCCUGAUAACUACAGAAAAGGUGUUGAACUGGCUGUGGAACAAAUCAACUCAUACCAGACAAUUAAAAGUGUUUUUCUCUUCUUCAAGAGUGUGGAAAAAUCUGACAUUGAUGGUGGGUUUGGUGUUAGUUAUCUCUACCAUCGCUUCUACCUAAAACCCACUAGAUGCCCUAAAGGAACUGCGAAUGCAAACCCGGGUAAAUGUGCUUUCAGAAAUGACAGACCUCUAAUUGACUGUGGAAUCUGCUAUAAGAUGCACGAGGGAAAGAUCCAGACUUACCCGAAGCCUUACGUUCACUGUAUUCACAAACCACAGCUCACACAGGACUUGUUGAAAAUGAGAGCUGAACACUGCAGCCAAAUGAGCUACGCUAACGGGUCUCCAUCUCUCCUGGCAUCAAAGAAGUUAUAGUGGAUAAAAUGAUCACAUAUCCUUAAUAUUACUGUUAAUAAUUUGAUGAAUUCAUUAAUAGGUGUUGGUCACACUGCACUGUAAUUGUAUCUGUUCUUCUCUGUGCAUCUAAAACUAGAGUCAGAUAUUAUGAGUAUUGCUAUUUGUUUAACAUCAUUUAUUCAUUAAAAUUUUAAUGAUUUUCAA